AUGACCGCAGCCCGAGCCGUCGUCAAGACGUUGGAUCACCUUGUGCUCACUUGCGCAAGUGUUCCCAAGACCGUUCAGUGGUACACUAAAUACCUCGGCAUGAAGGCGGAAACUUUCACGUCGCCCUUGGACCCAUCGGUACAGAGACAUGCCCUGAAAUUCGGCCCGCACAAGAUCAACCUGCACCAGCAGGGCAAGGAAUUCGAGCCCAAGGCCAAGACCGCGCUACCCGGCACAGCGGAUCUUUGCUUCUUGGUGGAAGACGGGACAAACCUUGAAGAGCUCAUCAAGGGAUUCCAAGGAGACGGGGUCCAGGUCCUCGAAGGCGAGAAGGUGGUCGCACGGACCGGUGCUCGAGGUCCUAUCCAGAGUGUUUAUGUCAGAGAUCCUGAUGGAAACUUGAUUGAGUGA